GAUGUGCAGAAACCGGCAACCGUGUUGGCAUGACGGUGUCGUGAUCUUCUUAAGCGUCUUUUGUCCCAUUCCACAGACCUGAAUCUCGCCGAUGCCUCAGGUGCGUUUGGUUUGGAGAAGUGGCUUGGCUGAGGAGCCCGCACGAGUCAGCGCAGCAGCGUGGUGCUCACUGCUCUGCCACGUCAGCAGGCCAGGGCCGCGCGCAUCGUUUUGCUCAUUAAGGAGGUUGCUCUCUGUGACCACACUGAAAGUACUUGGUGUUGCAGGAGCAGGGGCAAGCAGGAACCACCUCCCCGCUGAAGUCCUUGUCAGCUGGAUGUCACGCUUGGUGACUUCGGGGCUGGUUUAAAAUGUGCGUUUUCCUCCAAGGAGGCUGGGUCUGAGCGCGUCCUGUUGAGCUCUGCAUCCUGCUGACCUGCCGGCAGCAGCUCCCUUGGAGCCAGCACUGCUGCCUUCCCUCAGCCCGGCGCGCUGCCGCCGCCGCGUGGUGCCCUGCUCGAGACUUGGUGGUCACUGGAGGAGCUGGCACCGUGCCCUCAGUCCAAUCCCUGCACGAGAAAAGAUUAAGUCGACAGAACCAUUCCCAUGCUGUAGCGUGGGUCGGUCCCGAAAAAUCACAGCCCUGAGUGCAGCGGUGACCUGUGCACAGGGCUGGAGGCGAGCGCUUGCCGCUGGGACAGCUUGGUGCUGGGCCAAAUAGUUUACUGAGUUCAGUGAAAAAAAAUCAGGAGGGAAAAUAAGAAAGAAUGUUUGUUCUAGAUUCCAUCAGCUAAAGAGAGAGUUAGGAAAAGCUUUGGGCUGUGCUUCUCUAAACAGUUACCUUUUUGUUUACUGUGUUGUCAGUGACUCCAAAACACUGCGGCUCAGUCCAUAGUUUGACGGGAGACCAGCUGGCCCUGUGGCUUGUUUCUCCUCUCCCAGCCUUCUCUUCGCAACCCCUUCCAUCUUCCAGUUGUUCUCAUAACAAUACUGUCAACUGCUAUUUUUAAUAAUUUGAAUACCACUUUGUGCAAUGCUUUGGUUUUCUCUCUGCACCAGAAAGUCCCUUCUGGAGUGAUGCUAAAUUGCUCCCUGUGGAGUUUGCUUUGCUUUGAAACGCUGCUGGUGGUGGUCUUUGGGCUGUUUGACUGUGUUUUCCAGCAUUCUUGGUUGUUAAAUGACUUGUUGCAUUUUGAAUGUACACGUUUCUACUGCAGUAAUGUUGAACUAUCGGCAUUGUGGCUAAUUCCUUCCCCGUCUGUGUUUCCUUUCAGGCUCAGUCAAAAUAUCUGUUUGGUAGAAGAAAAAAAGAUAGGAAAGGGGAGAGAAACUGGUUGUCUCAUCUGAGUGAUUUGGGUGAAAAUCAAGGUUGGUGCUGGUCAUAAUUCUCUGAGUGAUGUUUGGUUUUCCUAAAUGAAAACCAAACAGGAAAAACCAUAAUUGCAGCAAAGUCCGUCUUAAGGGACUGACAUGAAAGAGGUCCUACAAAGUAACCUCUAAGAGUGGCACGUUCUGAAUCAAAAGAGAUGGUGCAGAUAUUCAUGCAGUUGUUAACUGCUCUCAGACCUUCAGUUCCUCACCGCACAGGGACAGAGGCUCACUGACACCGUGUGAGGGAAAUAAAUGCCUGCACAUUUUUCUGAGCAACACCACAGAGGCAGAAACUGCACCGCCGGUGUGUGUUGCGUGGUGUUCUUUGCCCCAGAUUCAUUUCACUUCCAAUAAUUUGGGGUAAUGGUGGGCAAAGUGCAUUCUCGAUUUCUGCAUUUUGUUUGCAUUUGUUCAUUUAGCAGUGCUUUCCCUCUGCUUUGCCUCGUGCUUUCUGCAGGCAUCGAUACUUGGACAAGGCAAGCGUGAAGCCAUACGAGCUAAAUUUAAUAGCAGUUUCCACUUGGUGCUUUCCAGCUGUGCAGCAGCAUGGGAAAAAAGGCACUGGAGAAUCAAAAAAAGCCAGAUGGGUUGUUUCCAUGUGGAGGCAGUUACCCCUCCAUAUGGACAAGGAGACUGGGACUGGAGAAGCCCACAGGUUGUUAGAGUCACCCGAGGGCAAUCCCAAAGCCCAGGAUCUAUGCCUUUGAUAUAGCUUUUUUUUUUCUUCUUUUUUUCUUUCUUUUUUCCCUCCUAAUUCUGUAGAUUUGUUUCUCAGUUCCUACAGGACAGCAAUAUUGUAGGAUGUCAGCUUAGUUUAAUGGAUGCUAUACAACAGAGGUGUGCAGCAGCCAGACACAGAUGCUUCAGUGAUGUCCUGGAGGAGAUGCUACCCAGUGCUGAUCAGUCCUGCCCAGUCCCAAGGACCUCGUAGCUGUAACAUUUUAGCAGAGAGGUAACACCUUGGUCUCCACGGCCUGGUUUAAUCACGAGUAGCAAUUAAGCAACAAGCGUAACUGUCGCCAGGGGAAGUUAAUGAGUUUUCAGGGGCAAACUGAUAAAACUGAAAACAAAAAAGGGCACAGAAGGAGGCAUACACAUCUCUCUGCAAGUCAGGGGUUUGAUCCAGUUGGAGCAGCAGGUCAGUGAUGCCUGGUGCGUUGGUGUCUGUGUCGAGUUCGUAUCCACCGACUGUCAGGUCCAGCCUUAAUGCUUGCCACAGGUGACUGAGCAAAGUGGUGCAUCGGUGUGACUCCUGUCAGCUCAGGAAGUGUGUGGACCUGCAAGGGAGAAUCACUGCUUUAAGACUCUUCUAGGUAUCUGAUCACCUUCUUCUUUUUUUCCAAAAAGCUUUAUUCCUCUUUUCAACAGCAUGCUGGUCCAACCCAAGGGCGUGCUCGUUCUGCUCAGCAUUCAUCUUACAAGACAUAAAAUAGUUGCAAAGCCCAUUAAUUGCUGAACACACCUGUUCUUAGCACACCCUUUUGGCAAUAACAACUUUAUUGGGUUUUGUGAGGCCUGAGGGGGAAGGAUUAUGGCCUAGUGAAUAUGGCUUACCAGCAGUUUGAAAGGCUGCGCUGUUAGAAGGUAGAUCAAGCAAAUGAACUGUCUUUGGGGGAUGCAUCCUCUCUUAUCUGUCUUAACAUAAGGGAAAUCUUCUGGCUUGUUACCAAGCAGUUCUUAUUUUCUGUGAUGCACAGCCCUUCAUCUCCCCGUUCAUUUUUGUUCUGUCUUUGUAGAACUGUGAGCUGGCUCGAUGACUUACACAGAAGAGGAAUUCACUGGCCUGUAUGCUCCUCCUCACGCUGCUCUGGUUUCAAUAUCCUGUCUUCCUCUUACAGGGUGUUGGAGCACUUUAAAAAGGUGCUGUCCUCAGACUGCUGUGUUGCAGCAUGACCGGCAGUCCUGGAGGAGUGGGAAAGGAAUGCGUGUGUCCGGUUUAUGUGAGGAGAAGUGCAGAUGCUGUAACUGUUCAGACACCAGAGCUGAUGACUGCAGAUCCAUUCCUGUAUGCUCUGCCUGUCCUGCAGGAGCUCAGCACACCAGUCUGCAUGCAGAGGGAAGACGGAUGGCUUUUCUGUGCGCAUACAAGAGGACCCAGCUGUGCUUGCUUACCCUGACACAAAACAGCCAAAAGCGUCAUGUGGAGCAAACUCCCGAUUCUCUCCAGACUCACCCGUUAAGCUUUUUCCUGUGUUCAAGAGGUCUUCUUUGCCAAAUGCAUUUCUGAGUGACUGAAGACGCUCUCACGAGGGCUAUUCCAGCACGACCGCCUCUGAUCUUCCUCACAGUUACUGGGGCUCCCCGUGCCUCCUGCAGGACGGCGAUACCGCGUUACACACGGGUGACACCCCAACGCUGAGGAGCUGGCACAGAAGAGGCACAGCCCGCGAUUUGUGGCUCUACCCUGGCACCACCGCGUCUGCGAGGCCGCGCUACCAAGGGCAAAGCAGCAUCUCCACUUCGCACCCCGGCGCGCCUCAGCACGUCGCACCGCCUACCCAAGAUGGCCGCCGCCGCCCCUCUAGUCCACCACACUCCCAACUCGGUGACCCCGCAGCUCGCCGCCCUCGGGCCGCUCGCUCUCGGCGCCUCCCCGGCCCGGCAGGGGGCGCGCUGCCAACUCGCGGCUGCGGGGAGCCGCUCUAGGAGGGUGAUGGAGCUGCCGCUGGGCUGGGAGUUCGAGGAGGCCGUGUUCUCCCAGAGCAGGGAGCGGGGCGCGGGCGGUGGGGCCGGUCCGCCCUACAGCGCCAAGCGCUGCGAGCCCCGGUGGUUCUGCGGUGAGACGAGCAGCGAGGAGGACGCCGAAGUAUUGACGACCCAUAAGUUCCGGGCUGACUUGGCCUACAGGGAACGGCAGUUUGAGAAAGCGCUGUGUGAAUACUCAAGCUGCCUACAGCGCUUGCCUCCCGGUAACGUUGCCAUGAGGCGGGAUGUCCAGGAGGGCCAGGCUCGCUGUUUGUCUCAACUAGGAAGGCACAAGGAAGCUCUGGAUAUUGCAGAAAGAAUGAGAGAUGGCGCUACGAACACGGAUCACUUAACAACUGUUCUCAACUUGCAGUUUGCCAUUUAUCGGCAUCUGGAAAACGCAGAAAAACAGAUCGCGUGUCUGCAGCAGCUGAUCUGCUUACAUCCCUUCAGCCCUUGGUACUGGAAGUCACUUGCUGAAGCUUAUACGGACCUUUUGCAGAGCUUGUCUCCAUUAUUCAUUCCAGAAACAAACCUAAAUCAGUGCGAAGAGGUUAGUGACUGUAGUUUCAAAAUAUCAGCUGGAGGAGAGAUUAAUCUCCAGCCUCACAGAUCGGACUGCCAGAGGGAAGGCCCUUGGUCCAGCCCUGCUGCAGAAACAAAGAGCGAAAGCGCAGCAACCUGCAGCAGCAGCCAAGCUGUAACAGAAAUCCUCUGCACUUCAGACAACCCAGGAAGGAAGGCCGAAGGGAGACAGGCAGCCUCCGAGUCCUGGCAGCGGGAUGUGGUGAAGGACGUUGGCAUAAAGGCAUGUGCCUCGUUUGUUAGAGCAAGGCUUUUACUUCAGCUUACUCAGCUGCAACAGUCAUCCUUUGCUCUCGAGAAUAACGUAAAAUGUCAGAAAGAAAUUGAUGACAAAGUGGCACAGUUUGGUUUAAAUGAAAACUCUUUGCUGCAGAUGACCAAGGUUAUGGGAGCAGAUCUUAUACCAGAAAAACUAAGAGAGGAAUUUCAGGGCGAGGUAAAAUGCAUAGGCUCUUCAGCACUGUCGUCACUGGUAACUGCAUCUGCCUCAGAAUUUGAAAUGAAAUGGUUCGAUGUUCUCCGAGAUGAUUUAUGCCACUUGGACAGGCAGUUCUCUUCAGAUAUACACCUCCCACCUUUGGCAACGUAGAGCUGUAGUAUUUAUUGUCACGGCUUCAAAGUAUUAUGGAAUGAUGCAUGCAAAAAGUUCAUAUUGUAUUUUUUUUAAUUUCUCAUAGUGUGUAUUUCAGGAAAGUAAAUCUCUGCGUUUGAA